GACUUAUCACGUGACAAUACAGCCAUGCAUCCUUUACUCAACAUGGCGACCGGCAAAGGAUUUGCAAUCGUUUUUCGACCAAAAACUAUUAGUUUAAUCAAUAGUAGUACAGUAAAUAAAUUGUCGUGUGGCAGUGUACAAAGAUGUAGCACAUGUCACCGAUCCAUUGCAACAAUUACGUUGAGUGUCGGUAAUUGGAACACGAAGAAACCAGGAAAAAAUGAGAUACAGUCUUUUAUUCAGACACAAAGAAGUAUACAUACCACAAAUCGUCUUUUAAAACGUAAUUAUUAUGAGAUAUUGGGGAUAUCUAAGAAUGCAUCAUCAAAAGACAUUAAAAAAGCUUACUACCAGUUAGCUAAAAAAUAUCAUCCUGACACAAACAAAGGAGAUCCAAAUGCUAGCAAAAAGUUUCAAGAGGUUUCUGAAGCAUAUGAAGUAUUAAGUGAUGACAUUAAAAGGAAGGAAUAUGAUACAUGGGGUGCUACAUCAGAACAAAUGGGAAUGGGACAGGCAGAAGCUGAACAUGCCAAGAACUUUGGCCAAAAUUUUCAUUUUAGGUCAACUAUUAAUCCAGAAGAAUUAUUUCGAAAAAUAUUUGGAGAUGCUAAUUUUCAAGGUGGUGCAUUUAGUGACUUCGAAGAUUUUACUGGAUCAAAGUUUGGCUUUGGUGCAGCUCAAGAGGUUAUUAUGAAUUUAACAUUUUCUCAAGCUGCCAGAGGCAUAAAUAAAGAUAUUGAAUUGAAUGUAGUAGAUACAUGCCCAAAAUGUUCAGGAAGCCGAUGUGAACUAGGAACAAAAUCAAUAAGGUGUCCACAUUGUAAUGGCACUGGAAUGGAAACAAUUACCACGGGUCCUUUUGUAAUGCGUUCUACUUGCCGUUAUUGUCAUGGUACUAGAAUGAGUAUUAAGUUUCCAUGCAAUGAAUGUAGUGGGAAAGGCCAAACGCUGCAACGUAGAAAAGUAACAGUUCCAGUUCCUGCUGGUAUUGAAGAUGGUCAAACAAUUCGGAUGUCUGUGGGCAACAAAGAAGUAUUUGUAACAUUCCGUGUGGAAAAAUCAAAAUACUUUCGAAGAGAUGGUGCAGACAUACAUACAGAUGCUCAGAUCUCAUUGUCACAAGCAGUACUUGGUGGCACAAUAAAGAUAGAAGGCGUUUAUGAAGAUCAUACUGUACAAAUUCAACCUGGUACUUCAUCUCAUACGAAAAUUAGAUUGACUGGCAAAGGCUUAAAGAGAGUGAAUGGGACAGGAUAUGGUGAUCAUUAUAUACAAAUUAAAGUAGCAAUACCUACAAAACUAAAUGAUAAACAAUUAGCAAUACUCCAAGCCUAUGCAGAAGUUGAAGAUGAUACUCCUGGCAGUAUAUAUGGCAUUACAUACAAAACGGAUGGCAUGGCAGGUCCGAAGAUAAAAACUCAAGCGAGACAGAAUAUAGAUAACGAAACAUCUAGUGAAAAUGAUGGUAUAUUUACUAAAAUUAAAAGAGCUAUAUUUGGCUAAUUGAAAUAUGAAAUGGUACAAAACAAAGUUAUAUUGGCCCGCUGAAUUUAGUUAAAUCUAUACGAAUAGCAUUAGAUCAUGCAAAUAAUUCUGACAAAGAGUCCACGUCUUAUGAAC